AGCAAGAAUGGGGGACAGUAAGAGAAAUUGAGUGAGAGCUCUUGUGAGAUAAAAGAAAGAGAAAAAUUACGAGAAAAUCCUUGUGUAGAUUAAGAGAGAGUAUUAGGGAGAAUUUGGGAGUUUCUAUACAUUGAAACUAGGGUGUUGAGAGCUUCUUCAGUAAGAGAGCUUCUAAAUUAUUGUACUCUUUUUUUUAAUAGUGGAUUUAUGUCUCUCUUUCCCAUGGAUGUAGACUUGUUGAGAGAUGUAUAAGUCGAACCACGUUAAAUUGUUGUCUCAAUUUCUUUAUCGCUUCCAUUUGUGAGGGAUUGUGGUACUCAAAAUUCCAAACAAGUGGUAUCAGAGCCAGGUUAGUAGAGCUCCUGGUGUUGUGGUGAAAUGCAAACUGAAGCCAUGAAGUAUUCAAUUGAGUUGUUGGAUGGCCAGAAUGACUUUGCUUUAUGGCAAAGUACUGUGAAGGAUGUCCUUACUUGUCAAGGACUUGAUGCAGCUUUAGAAGAGACUAAGCCAGCUGAGAUGAAGGAUAGUGAUUGGAGUACCAUUCAAAAGAAGGCAACAAGUCGAAUUUGGCUGGCGCUUGCAUCGAAGAGCAUGCUGGUGGGUAAGACUACUUUGGUGAUGAAGGACGUCACAACCAUGUUGUUGGAGAAUGAUAAGUUUCUUGGGGAGGAUGAUGGUGCCAAUCAAAAUAAUGCUUUGGUGAUGGAGCAUUCUCGAGGAAGAUCCUAUGGAGGUGGAGGAGGAGGAAAUCGAGAAAGGUCAAAAUCUAGACCUAAGAAGGAUUAUGGGGAGCUUGGCAAAAUAAUGGUGGCUACUAGUGAGAAGGUGAAUAUUGAAGGCACAGGAGAUGUUCAUCUCAAUGUUCACAAUGAGAGAGCCAAGAUUCUCAAGAAUGUGAGAUAUGUGCCCAAGCGUUCAAGCAAUAUUAUUGCUUUGAGUGAGUUGACAACACAAGAGUGCAAGUAUGUUGGAAAGCAAGAAUGGUACAAGGUCUAGAAAGGUGGAAGACUUGUCUUGUGUGGGAGGAAGAACAAGCACAACAUCUAUAUACUUGAGCAACAUCCUAAGAGAAGGCUCAACAAAACCAUGAGGAAGAUGGUGUGGAAGCCUAAAGGGAUCUUGGUACAUGGCAAGGAAAUUAAUAAGACCAAGAAGAAGGUGAGCUUCAACAAUGAAGUGGUGUUUGAUGA